CACUUUUGAGUGUAAAAGGACUGUGCAGAUGACAAGAAAACGGGCAGGGCAUUUUCGUUGUGCCUGUUGCCGUAUUUCGGUUCUGCAGAAGUCCUAGGGAAGUAAUCAGUGUGUCUGUGACAGCUGUGCUCCGUUGAAUGUACUUCCCUGGCGCGCGCGCAAUGUGGCUGUUCGGUGUCAAGGAGCGGGAAGGGAGAUAUUUCGGUGGUUUUUUCGUGACAACACGUAAAUCGUCGUGGGCGUUUUGUAGCUUCUGAGAGGAAGAGAUGCUUCAAAACCCACAUCAACGAUACCCGUUUCUCCGUGCCGUCUGGUUAGUCUCUCUUCGACGUUUCACGUCUCUCUCCGUCUUCCGUGUCACAAAUACAGCGACGAGAGACCCGUCUCUUGCUCCUCCAGACGGCAAGUCCGUGUGGUGACGUGUGCUGUGGCUCCCAUCCUCGUUUAUCUUCUUCAAUACUCGGCGCCUGAAGAAUAACUUUCACAGAUACCCGCUUUUCGAGAAAACGCGAUCGUUGUGGUUCCGUCCCACUGGGGUGCCACGUUUUUCGAGCGGCCAAGAAGUGUUCGGGUUUUUCACGGCAGCUAACACAGAAGAAAUCUCCUCUUUGGAAGGAACUGACAAGAAACAUACAGAAAACCGAACGCGGAAUUCCUUGUACACAAGCUUUUCCAGGCUCUACGUAGAACCGGGUGUCCUGGAGAAGGCGGCUUUUUCCCCGCGAACAAACGAGUCUCUCUCGAGGCUGUUCCCCGACAACCCGUAGAGGCGGUCAAGGCGCGUGUUACGGCUGCCACGGCGGUUGACUGCAUGCUGGCCAUUCUGUUACGCGGAAGGUCCGGGUCCUGCCACAGCCUUGUUGAGGCGGAAGCGAUAUUCUUUCCGUGUGUGUGUCACCGUUUUCCUCAGUUCUGGGAUCGGCGGAAACACCGGGUUUCCUACCAGCAAACUUUGUGUCAUUUUUACGCUAGUGGGAAACCGGUUAUUGGCCGCUCGUGUCAGCGCAGGUCCGGGCGUUUCUAGCGAAACGGGGUCGCGUCUGUCGCAGGCCGUAGCUCAAAGUUAACAUCCUGGCGUGCGUACAUCGUGUUCUCCCCAAAGCGAGGGUUUCACUCGUUUAGGCUGCUGAGUGACGACCUAGGUUCGAGCUCCGUCGCCACGCGGCGGCCUUUUUCGCGCGACACCCGACGCUUUCUCGCCAUGCAUGUGUGCCCUUGAGUUUGUGUCAGCAGUGGGUGCGACUCUGUGGCACGGCCCCACUUUGCCUCGCGUGCUCACCGGCGUUCUACAUACAUUUGCUUUAAACGCUUAAAAGAGAAAACGGAAGUCAGUCUGGGCGGUGCCUCGGCGAAAGCGUGUCUCUGUCGCGACAUAGGCGUGUGCCACUUGUGUGAUUGUGGAGUACCGAGAGCGCGAGAAAAUCCUUUGCACAAGGCUCAGCGCUCUCAGUUUCGCUUUUCCUCUCCUGUGUCGCCACCCGGCCGUCGCUGCCUCAGGCAUUUCUGACCCUAGUUGUUCACACUUCAACACUGGCUCUUACCGCAGGUUCGCCGCUGUCCGUAGCUCGGAUUCCCACCGUUAUACGUUUUUUGUGGUGUUUUGUCCGUUUCCUCCCCGUCUGUGGACGCAACUUUGCUACAGAACGCCUGAUAGAGUCUGACCAAGUGACUGGCAGAAAGUAAACACCCUCGCGUGACAGCGGACCGUUUUUGUGUUUCAAAGGUUCGUCACCUUUUCGCGCGUAGGGCACGAGUCACAUGCACAACAGGGAGGGAAGAAGAAAAGUGUUUUCUCUUUCUCAAUUAGGGAAUUCGCGUCAGACGAGAGACUCCGGCGACACACGCCGCCUCUCCAUUUGGGAUCUGGAGGAAGGUCAACGUUCUCGUCUACGCUCUCCUGGAAGUAGCCUCUACACGCGUUCGGCGCAUUCCGGGGCAGUUCUGGGAAGAUACGUACGCGUGAAUAUGUGUACGUGUGUAUGUAGAUGUGUGUAGAUACGCACGUUUGUGUGUAGUCUGUGUUCUACACUAGAGGGUUCUGUACAGUGGAUCUCCACAUUGCUCCUGGUGCACAAGCCUCUGCGUCUGUGGAGACAUGUGUAUGUGUGCACGUCCGCCACAUACACGUUCUUACGUGAAGUCGAUACACCAGUUUGGGGCGUUCCGACGUCUUCAUGCGUUCACGCUUUUCAAUCGAGAAGCGGCGUUGCUGGCUAGUGCAGUGAGAAACAUUUCGACGGAUCCGUCUCUAUCCGAGUCGCGAUUUCCGCGCUGAAUACCUGCUUAACCGACGGCAGAUUUUUGAGACUUUUCCUUGGACGCCCUAGGGAGUUUUCGCUGGCCUCUUCGUGGACCCGUAGCCCCGUACAGGAUACGGUCUGUUCUUUUGUGCCGAGUCUUUCGGACCUCCCCGAGAAACGCGGAGGCCUCUGCGGCUGCGCUUCUUUCGAUACUGUUUUCGCUCUCAGCUGAAUCCUUCCCCACAUUUCCUCGCCCACCGUCUUCGCACAGCCGUUCCUCGGUUGGCGCUGAGCGACGCGGGGAGAAAGGGAUUUCGGCCUCCGAAAUGGCGCGAGGGGAAUUCCCACACAGCCGGAAACGAAAGGGAAGCUGAAUUCCAUUUGCUACGCCUCACUACCCCUUCUACACUUUUUUUUAUGUCUUUGCGGAGCUCCUGCAUCGGUUGAUACACCCGCAAGCGUGACGAGACCUAUACCCAUUGUCCAGACAUCACUCGAUUCAGACACACUCUCGACGAGGCGUCGAUGGCGCCAACCGUGCUCCAGCUGCCUUGUUCAGUUUUUCAUGACCCGGGUUGUCUGCGGCCCUCUCUGCUGCAUGCGAUAAGGCUGAAAAGGCCGCUCGCGUUGAGGGAGCGAGCGACUUGGAUGUCUCCGCAGCUGCCUCGAACAGCGUUGUUCAUCUGACAACUUUUGCUGUGGCCCUGGACUGUGAGGCGCCGCUCAUUGACCUGCACGAGCUCGAGUCAUAUCCCGAGAGUCUCUCGACGUCGAACUCAAGAGUGAGGAGCCGCGGGACACACCCGGGGCGAACUGGCCCAAAUUCAAGUAGCAUCGAGACGAUCUCAGCUCCGAGCGCCGCGUUUGCAAAACCGGCGAAAGCAACCCCAUUCCUGCCGAAACGGAAGCGAUGGGACGGAGUCCAAAAGCCCCCGCUUCGCUGAGUUCUCUCUCACCGCUCUCGCUUCCCCCGACAAGCAGCGAGCAGCCCGUGGAGAACGCUAGACCGGCCUCUGGCGCCAUGAACGAGACGCAGGCGCAUGCCGCGGACGCGGCUUCAGGCGAAGUGGCGAAGGAAGACAAACCGGGUCAGAGCCCAAGCGUCUCUGGCGCCCUUGGUGGCGCGUCCUCCACCUCAUUUUCCAGCGAUCUGCAUGCCCUCGUGAAGGAGCCGCUCGUGACCGCACCGUCCCUUGCUUCCUCGGCGAGUGGAAGCUUUUCCACGGAAGUCGGGAGAGACCUGGAAAAUGCCGGAUCUAUGUCGACUGCAGGCAGCUUUAAAGAACAGACGCAGAACGACAGUGGCGCGGAAGAGACCCAGCAGAUCGCCUUCAACGGCGUCCUCAACGGAGACGACCCUCUUCCCUCGUCUCUCUUCUUCUCAACCCUCUCCUUCUCCAUGUCUCCAACGCUGCCGGAAGACCCUGCCCCACACCGCCUCCAUGAAGAAGGACUCACUGAAUUGACUCAUCCAGGGAAGGACGAGAAAGAUAACUGCGGAACAGCUACCUCAACCGUUUCUGGCGUCGCGCCGCGACGCACCCGCCAGGCUGUUCCGGGCUGUGUGCAAGUCGUUGCGUCUUCCUGUCUUCAAUCGGGCUCGUGUUCGGGACCUCUGGGCCCGCGGGAAGGGCGAAACUCUUCUCGCCCGUUUCUCUCGUCUCUGUCGACAGGAGAGAGGAUUCUUUCUGCGGAUGUGCACUCGUCUCAGUCGUUGCCUUCGCUGUCGGUGCUCACAAAAGCUUUCUCUGGCCCGACGGUAGCGGUUGCGAGCAAGGGAGGAAAGGAAAAGGCGAUCCUCGGCACGAGUGUCGGUGUAAGUGUCGGCACUGGGAACAGCUCGACUGUCCAAGCCAGUGUAGCCACAAGUCUCUGCGUUUGCAAGUUCCUUCUCGGCGAAGACGUCGCGGGGUACCUGGUGGGGCGGAAGGGCGGCGGCAUCGAUGAGUUCCAGAAACGAAACGGACCCGGCCUCAGGGUGACAGUCAGCAAACGCGGGGAGAUCUUCCCCGUGCUCGGCGAGAGAAUCGCCGCAGCAGUCGGCGUCCAAGAAAGCAUUGCCAGAGCGCUCGAUGAAAUUGUCGACGUCGCCACUAAGAGAGCCAUGCACAAGGAAGAAGAAAGAAGACUCGACACCGGAAGAAAAAUAAGCAAACCGAAGACAUGCUUCAAGUUGGUGGUUCCAGAGACUUCCGUGAGGCUCCUCGAACAGCAAGUUGAGAAUCGCGAAUCGGCGAAAGAUAUCGGUCGCAAACACAAGACUGAGGUCCUCAUAACAUCUGCAAACGACUGGUUCCACCUCGAAGCUGGCGACGCCGUUGCUAAGGAGCGUUUGGUUCAAGUGAUUGGUCUGCCGAACGACGUGAAGGACACAGUACGAGAGUUGGUGCCUCUGUACCAGCAAGACACGACACUGACUACCUCCCUUGAGCUAUGCUACGGAAAAAAAACGCCGGCUCCGCCUCCACCUCCGCCCCCCGUUCUCCCGUCGCUCUUCACAUUCACGCCCUCAGCCCCGCCUCCCGCAUUCUCGGCUUCUUCGGCGUUUCUGCCCCCGUACUCGGGCUCUUGUUUUGCCGUGGCGAAUCCCCUGCUCUCCGACGUCGGCAGCCGCCUGUUGGCGGGGCCCGCGUCCCCCGGGGGACGCGGGCCGGCCAGUCUGAGUGCGUCGCAGAAUGCCCUGGCUCCAGAGCCUUUCGCGUCUGUUGCGGGCCUGGGAAAGACUUCGUUCGCCUCCUCGCGGAGCGGGGCCUUCGCCUCUGGACUGGGCAAGGCCAAACUGCUCGCGCCGCUCCUCUCGACUGGGCUCAACCAUGCGCCUGCCGCCUCCACCUUCAGCACGGCUGUGGGAUCCAGCCUAGACGGCUGUCCCCUUCUCGCGCCCUCCCAGGGCCUCAGUGUGGGGCGGAGCGCGGAAACAGAGCUCCCCGAUGUCUUCGUUCGGACGCUGAACGCCGCGGCGCCUCUGGCUGGGCAGAGCGGUGGCGUUGGAGUCGGGAAGAGUGUCGGCGAUGCAAAUGUAACCGGGGACCUUCUUUCACUCCUCAACUCGCAAGGCGGAAAUGGCCGAAAGCUCUUCUCGGAAGGACACGGAUACCUUGCGUACGUCCAGGCCGACAACCAAGCAGGAGUCUCGAUCGGUGGUGGAGGUCGGAACGCAUGCGCAGCGUCGGCGGUCGAGGCCUCGCCUGAGGCUCAGACUGGAGGCGCGAAGCCGGUCCCUUUCGGGCCCAGAAAGAAUGCGGGCGCGUACCCGCCUGAGGCUCUCGGGUCAAGCGCGGCGAUGUCGCAGGCCUACGCCGUCCGGGCGCUGCUGCACUUCAUGGGGAACGAGGCGAAGCAAUCGGGCAGGGAGAAGCGCGAAGGUGGACCUGGGACUGGUCGAAACCCACAGAAGAGAGAAACCUUCGAAGUGCCGACGUUCCUCGGGGCUACAGGGCUUCGCGACGAUCUUCGUCUUCUGUCUUCUCGGCCCGCCCACCCUGGCCUCGCGACUCAGGCGGGCCACAGGUCGGGCCCCGGGUCCCCGUUGAACGCGCCCUCUGGCGCCGGGCGAGGGCCCGGGGACCCUUCCGCGAUGGAGACAGGGACGGGCUCUGAGGCCGCCACGGCGUUCGCGUACUCUCUGAAGCGCGACUCACGCGACUCGAGAGGCCCUCUGCUAUCUGUCGAUCCUUUCCAGGGCAGUGGGAUGAGAAGCAACUUUACGGGAAGCGGGGCUGGAUCCGGAGCGCUCGAUGCUGUCGGUUUUCUCUCGGAAUGUGGGGCGGCGCGAGACGGGAGAGGCUUCGUGUGGCCUCUGAGCGACGAGAGACCUGGCGAAGCGACACCCGCGGCAAUUUUUCCUGGGGCAAGUGGAGAGAAAAAAUCGCCACCUGUGGCCGGCGCAGGCGUCUUGCCUGCCUCCUCGCGCCUGGUGCCCUCUGCGCCGAUCUUUCAUCCUCAGCAGCCUUCUGGGGAAGGGUUCCCCCUGAUGCCCGACGACAACAACCUCCAGCUGUUGAACUCGCUGCUGCAAGCGAAUCUUGGCCAGCGCGGCGGGGCGGCAGCCCGCCAGGGCGGCGAGAGAGGCGACGGGAGUCCUGGACACGGGGCGCGGACCGGGGUGUCUCCUUUUCUUCCUUCUGGUACUUAUUCACUCGCUGCGUCGUCCUUCUCCACGGCGACGCCGCUAGCGAAGCAACGCAUGCGCGACGCUCAGUGGCCCCCCCAACGUCUCUCCAACACCGGCCUGGGCGCAGAUGCGUUGGAUGGAGACGCACAGUCUACGCGUCUGCGGAACGAGCUGCUCUGUCUCCUGCGACGGAAGGAACUUCGUGAAGGAGCUGAGUUCCAGCCAGGCCGAGGAGACGCGAGUGCGAGGGGCUCCUUUUGUCUCCCCUCCGCCGCGACCCGCCGAGGCAGCCAUGCAACCGCGGCCGGACCUGCCGGCGACCCCGGCACAACCGGCAGAGACAAUGUCGGGGGCAAGCCCGAGACGGCGGACCUCGAGGUGGAGCUGGCGCUUCUCCAGAGCAUCCUGUCACAGUCCCAAAGCCUUCCGUCUGGGACGGCAGGGGGCUCUCUGGGGCGCGCGCAGGGCUUCGCGGCCUGCGCAGACGCCGGGCUCGACCAGCGGGCCUCUUCGGGUCUGCAUGUAGAUCUGCAGAAGCUGCAGCAGCUCCAGGGUCGUGUGUUCGGGACGAGUGCCGUGAAACGAGUAGGCAGAGCGGACGAGGACUCCGGCAUCUGGAGAGAAGGGCAGCGGCUUUUGAGAGGGCCCUCCAGAGGCAAAAACGAGCGUGACGGUGGCCAGAAGCGCGAAGAUGAGUCGACAGAGCCGGGGCGGUUGCCAUUCUCGGGGUCGCUGUCACUGUCGCAGAGCGGCCCAGCUCUCUCUGUCUUCGCGGCUUCUAGCAGUCACGCAACAACGGGACAGCCCCAGGCGCCACGCCUGGUGCCUGGCGUCGAAGCAUGGCCCGCGCAUGGAUCCGCUGCUUCGUCUCCGUGCGCGGCGACCUCGUCCUUCGCCGGAGGCUUCGGCCUCGUGCGCGAGAGUCAGAAGGACUUAGCUGGAGCCGGUCGGGGCGACGGUGCGACAGGCCCCCUCCUGCCGGGUUGGCCAGUAGACGCAGAGGAACGGUCUCUUGCCUCGUCUGCGGUCCCGAGAACGAGCGCCAGCACUCCGACCCACCGCCGGAGCAAGGGCAAUUACAUGCAGUCCCUGGGCCUCGCGUUCCAGGCGGAAGUGGGCGAAGACAUGCGAGGGGACUUCCGGGGGGAGCGAAGAUGGGACGGCGUGGUCGCAAGCUCCGAGUGCUCCAGAGGCGAGGACUUUGGGCCCGAGGGGCGAGUGGUGCCUUUGGAGUCCGCAGGGACAGAUGCCGGGGGACAGCGGCGCGCGCUCUCCGCUCAGGGGACGGAGAAGUCGGCAAGUCUCGACAAGCAACUGGACUCAGGCAGUGAAAUUUUGCAUGCGGGGCGGGGUCGCGCAGGGCCAGCGCCUUUUGACACGAUGGAUCCCGACAGCAGCGCGGGCGAGGCCACCAAAACCACGACUGUGAUUUCCUCCUCGUUCGUCGACAAGGGUCAGGGGGUGCCCGAGCCCGAACAUCGGGGCGGACUCCGAGGCGUCGCGAACGAGGAAGGCCAGGAACUGACAGGAACGGGACCGGACGAAUUUUCCGUGCAUAUUCAGAUUCCGGUUUCUGUCGCACAGUCCGAAAGCAACUUGUCUGUCCUGCUGCUGCUGCUGCGCUCCCUCUCGACGCGCGUCUCCGCCGUGCGACCGCCCGCCGCUCAGCCAGGGAGCGGCCGCGGAACGCAUGCAGGGACGUCUGGUGCUGAGAACGAGUCUGCGCCAGGCACGAUCUCGCUGCAGGUCAGUGGGACUGCCGACAACGUCGCUUCGGCUUCGGCCCUUCUGCAGUCCCUCUUGAAUGGAGCAGUGUAGAAGCGACUGUGGAGACACCCGCCAUGCGUCGUUCCAGCUGUGGAUCCCUCCGCGUGGACCAGUUGCAGCCUACUAGCCGUGAUUCUGAUCUUCCAAACCACGCCCAUUGUCUAUGUAUUAGGGACUCUCAUGCACACACGCAUUUGAUAUGUGGAAAGGUGUGCAAAUGACACUCUUUCCUUUUCGCGCGUUUGAGGGAAUUCCGGUUUCCGGAACGUUUUGGGAUCGAUUCCCGCCUCGCAGCGACCGCGGAGAGACGCUGGGCGACCGAAGCCUUGUAGCCAGACGCGCGUCCUCAGGCCUUAGCCUUUCUGGUUCCUUUCGUCUCCGUUGUCGGCUUUUUGGCCGUUUGCACUUUGUAGCGGUGAAAUAAGGAAUGGAAACGCGACGCAGGUUCGGCUCUGCGAGCAGGAAUCGUUGUCUCAACACAAGAGCCGCGGAGAAGAAUUUCAGCGGUGUUCACGCGACCUAGUAGGUAUCAGUGCGUGCUUCAUGCUUAGUACAGAACCGUUCGUUUGGAGAAGGGAAAGUCCGCCGCCUUUCUUUUAGAUGACACUCAAAGAGAAGCGGCAUCUUUCUGUUCCUCGUGGAGUACACCGGACGGGAGAGCCACACUCUCGUCUGCAACUUUGAACAAUCAACGAUCCGUCCUUUAUGGCCAUCUGAAGAUCUAACUCGUGUCUGUUUCUCACACGAACUGAAGAGAGAGCGAGAGUGAAUCGCUUCUCUUCAUGUGUCUCUAGUGUGUCGUUAAAGCGAUGCAGAAAGCCUAGAUAAACCUCAGUCGGUUUUCCGUGCGUUUGUCGGGAUGAAGAGGAAGAGCGACGGCAUCCGGCGUCCCUUGCCGCCGCGAGCGUUUUGGUCUUGCUUUCGCCUGAUCGACAGGCAGAGAAUGAGCGCAGUUGAGUUCGAUCUCACUUUUGUUCCUUGUUUCCGCACGAUGGUCGGAAAGUGGGUUUGUGGCGGCGUGGGCACAUCCGCCUCAUUUGAGACACCUCUUCCCAGGCGAGAACGGGGGUUUGGGAGUUAGGCGUUCCUUUUGACUUUGAGGUCAUGGAGAGACGGACACGCGAAACGAGCGUGUCUCCGUCUCCCACUGGAUGACAUUAGCGGGCGCAGGCGGUGGGAGGGGAGGUGGAAGAGGGCUGAGCCCGAGUAGGGCCGCGCUGUCUGUGUUCCGCCGAUCUCAACGUUGAGGAACGCAGGUGCCUCGUGAUUUCGUGUUUUUCGGAUUUUCUUGUGUCGCUCAGCCACGAGGCCGGUUGGGGGCGCUACUGAGUUUGCGUGCGCCUCGUUCUGAGGGACGUAGAAAUACAAUCGAAGCACGUCGGACCCCACAAGCUUCAUGCGAGUUCCACACACGGCUAGAUUCGGCAAGACCUGCCUGCUUUACGUUUUUUUCGUCCGUUCACUGGGUGCCACGAGAGCGCCUGAAGGGGCAUCCAAAGACGUCAGACAAGACGAUUCCUGUCCGGUCCGUUGUUUCAGUCAGAGACGUUGUGUCGAAAAGAAGAAUCUUCGCUGCAGACGAGUCUUGGAUAGCCUCGGCGAAAACCCAUGGGUUUAUGUAAAUAUUAACACAGUCGUUGACAUUAAUGUGUCAAUGGUCGAUCCCCCCACAGCACUUCUGCGUAUAACCACAUAUAUAUACAUGUUUGUAUCUGGAAUGAAGACUCAGGUGUAAGUGCAUGCGUUCGUGUCUCAUUUCUCGUCGCAGCGUCUUUGUGGGGGACCCUCGGUGCUCCUUGUCUGAAGAACUGGUCUAGGCUUCCUCGACUGGGAGCGACUGCGUUCCGCAGAUCCUAUGUUCAAUCCCGUUUCAGCGGGCUUCUUCCGAGUUGUUUCCCGACGACACGUCCGACUCGAGAUUUUUGUGGACUCCACGUGCGGACUAACCUGUAUAGCUAUUUGCGCGAAUGUUAGACGGUCUCUAAGGCUAAAGAUGUAGGUGUGGAUAUGUGUUCCUCUCGAUUUGCGUGUAAACGUACCUGGUUCGCAGCGCGUCAGUUUUGUUCCGGAAUCCACUCGCGUCGGCUUCCGGACGUCCGUGGGACCAAAAGUGUCACGUGUUUCGUUUGAAGACUGUGGACACAAUCGGGCAUCUUUCGCUCGGCACGCGCACUUGCCGCAGAUGCUGCUGGCGGAGCCUGCCUCGCGUUCUGUGUUUCGUGUGGUAUCAGCGAAACUCGCAGAGCGAGUGAGUGGAGGCAUCGCCUCGAGAAAAGUGAAACGAGCGCCGAGCCGUCAGGUCCUGCGCCUCGGCGACACGCAAACGCUCUGAGGUGUCUCAACACCCCAACCGGUCACGAGCAUCUUCUUCCGCCAGCAGGGGCGAUGCACGUUUUCUGUGUUGCCACGCGAUUGACAGACCUGAUCUCGCCUCAUAAAUCAAGUAGCCGUUCUGAGGCCACAUUCCGCACAUCUUGUAUAUGCAUGGAUGCAAACAGAAAACCCUCACCGAUUUUUUAUGCAUGUGGAGAUGUGUGUAAGCGGGUCUACGACGAUAUGCCUGUCACGGGCUUUUCGAUGUGAGGGGCCGUCGGCGGCGACGAAGCGUCUUCGUCUGUGUGGUGAAGCAGUUUGAGUGUUGUAGGAAGCCGUGUGAGCGCAGCUAUUUUUAACAGCGUGCGCGGGGAAACGCCGUCUAGUUCCAGGUAACGCGCAUUGCGUUUGUGGGAAACCGGGGAGACGCUGAGUGCAAAUUGCCUCAAAUCGACGCGUGGAAGGUCUACAUUUUCGCAAGUUCCCGGCGCAUGCACUUUUUUGUGGGAUGGCCCUAAUCGCCGCGAAACACGCGGGUUUUUCGGGUCACAAACACCCACACAGUUCGAGACAGGUUGCCGGGCCUCGGAUAAACGCUUGUGUAAAUGCGUAUGUAUCCCCUGGAUGCACAUCCCUAUCUAUACAUCGGUCUGUAGAUAUGUGCAUGGAUUUGCGAGUGUGGAUUGGUGUAAGAAGCAAUCUUGGGUGGCGGUAACUCUGUUUACGUCUAACGCGGGGUGUCGUUGGAAUCAAUCAUCCCAUCGAGUUCGUCUGCUGAAGGGAUGCACUGAGACAUUAGGCGCCAAGUCUCGCCUCGGCAAAAUGGAGGUAGAAGCACCGCCGCGAGUCGAGCUGCUGAAGGCAAUUUUGUCGAAAUGUGGACUGGCACAAGUCGAUCCACAUGCACCCACGCUCGAGGCGUCGGAGACCCCUCUCAGACCCCCCCCCUCCCGCCACGUCCAUCUGUGCACUGGGAAUCCUCGGGUCUACAUCGAUACACAUUUCUCUUAAUAAAAUCGGCGGCCUGUAUUUGGGAGUCUGUGUGGUUCAUGAUAUCGCGAAUGCCCAGUGCACAAACAAGUCCGAGUCUGAACGCCGUUGCGUGCACCUGUGGAUGUGUUGUGUUCUUGUGCUGCGGCGUCCUCGGAGUGGGGUGCGAGGGCUGGCAAUGUGAGCCAACUGCCCCGGGUUUCGAGUGUCGUGUUCCUUUCGCUUUGGACGGCAGGUGCCUCUGCUUCGAGCAGCCUACCCCAGCGUGCCAGAGUCGCAAAGAGCCGUGUCUGUUUUUAGCCGUUUCCGUGUCGACGUUGGAACCGUGGGACAAGACCUAGGUUUGAAGAGAUGGGUUUCCAGUCCGACGUUGACGGUGAGCUCUCCUCUGAGGCCCGCGUGCACCUGCGCUCCAUUUUCAUAUAUAGAUCGCUCUAUGUUCUUACAGAUGUAGGGAAAUAUGUGCAUGUGGCUUUCCAUAGCAGUCGAUCAGCGACGCCCCUUGGGGUAGAAAAGUGACGAGACGCCGGCUCGUUGCGCGCUUUUCGGCACUUUCUCUAGCCAGCCUCUUGUCUUUCUUGUCGCUCUUCUCGCGCGUGGUCUCGGGCUCACCUCUUGCGGCUCCAACGGCGUUUUGUUAGUUGAAAAGCACGAGAGAAGGGCGAGUGCCCAGCCGCAUGCUAACGAGUCUCUCUGGGAUCUUUGGGUUCCGUUCUGGGCCCUGGACAGACGCCUGCCAGAGUCGCGGUUGAAUUCAAGGCGACAAAAGCGCACUGCUCAGAAGCGCUGAGCUUCUCUGGUUCCCUCCCGCCCACCCGAUGAAGCAAGGAACGCCCUCAGGGCCCUGAAAGGAACUCGAAAUAAGAGAAAACUCCAGGCGAAACGUUGUGGCAUCUCCUCUUCCGAGGGCUCUUUUACGAGAAUGGGGCGAGAAAGCGAGGACGAGCAGGGUGCGACACGUUGGCGGGAUGAAGCGAAGUCGCAAGACGGCGCGCCUGGAGGGUUAUGAAAAGGCAGAACCUAGGUUUCUAUGCAGAUGUUUUUUCAGUUCAUAGCUCUGGAGAGGGUCUCAGGUUGUUUCUUGUUUGUUGGAAGAGAACUCGCUUUCUCGUUCCUCUGUAUGCUUCAACACAAACUACUUCCCCCGCGUUCUGAUUCACAUCCGAUUGAGACACCGC